GGCAGCGAAACGGGAUAGAGCUUAUCUGGACGCCCGCUAAUAUAAAAGUGCGCGCCCCACUUCGCCGGAGACCCUCGACCUGCCCCUUACACCCGACCGCAAUGGACCUCCGCCAGAGACUCUCUUCGAAGGCCCCCCGCCCCUCACCGGCGGCGGGGAAGGCCCCGUUUCCUCCCCCCUCAUCCGCCGCCAUCCAAGCUUCCGACGCCCUCCCCAUCCCCGUCCGGCACACCGACAAGCUCUUCUCUGCCAUCUUCAUGGCCUCCAUCUACUACCUGUUGCGCCGGUGGCGUGAGAAGAUCCGCUGCUCCACCCCGCUCCACGUCGUCACCCUCUCCGAGCUCUCCGCCAUUGUCGGCCUCGUCGCCUCCCUCAUCUACCUCAUCUCUUUCUUCGGCAUCGCCUACGUCCAAUCCUUCAUCUUCUCCCACGACGAGGACGACGACUUCCUCCUCGCCUCCCCCACCCCCGCCCCCGCCCCCGUCGCUGCUCCUUGCCCCCUCCUCGCCGAUGGCGACGCCCCGGAGAAAAUUCGGAACAUUUCUAAUGACGACGACGAGGAGAUCGUCCGCGCCGUGGUCGCCGGGAAGAUGCCGUCCUACGCCCUGGAAUCGAAGCUCGGAGACUGUCGGAGGGCUGCUGGUAUCCGGCGGGAGGCGCUGAGGCAGACCACAGGGAGGGCCAUGGAGGGGCUCCCGCUCGACGGGUUCGACUACGCCGCGAUCCUAGGCCAGUGCUGCGAGAUGCCGGUGGGGUACGUGCAGGUGCCGGUGGGGAUCGCUGGCCCCCUGGUGCUCGACGGGAGGGAGUACUUCUUGCCCAUGGCCACCACCGAGGGGUGCCUCGUGGCGAGCACCAACCGUGGGUGCAAGGCCAUCGGGGAGUCCGGUGGGGCGUCGAGCGUCGUGCUGAGGGAGGGGAUGACGAGGGCGCCGGCCGUGAGGUUUGCGACCGCCAGGAGGGCCGCCGAGCUCAAGUUCUUCUUGGAGGAUCCCAAUAAUUUCGAGACGCUUGCCGUGGUCUUCAAUAGGUCCAGCAGAUUUGCUAGGCUCCAAGACAUCCGAUGCUCGCUUGCAGGGAAGAAUCUCUACAUGAGAUUCAGUUGCAGAACUGGAGAUGCAAUGGGGAUGAACAUGGUCUCCAAGGGCGUGCAAAAUGUAUUGGACUAUUUGCAAAAUGAUUUCCCAGACAUGGACGUGAUCAGCAUCUCUGGCAAUUUCUGUUCGGACAAGAAGCCAGCUGCUGUGAAUUGGAUUGAGGGGAGAGGCAAAUCAGUUGUUUGUGAGGCAGCCAUCAAGAAGGAGGUUGUGGAGAAGAUACUGAAGACCACCGUACCAGCGCUCGUGGAGCUCAACAUGCUUAAGAACCUUGUUGGGUCUGCUGUGGCUGGGGCCAUGGGGGGGUUCAAUGCUCAUGCAAGCAACAUCGUGACUGCCAUCUUCAUCGCCACUGGCCAAGAUCCAGCACAGAAUGUUGAGAGCUCGCACUGCAUCACCAUGAUGGAGGCUGUGAAUGAGGGGAAAGAUCUCCACAUUUCUGUGACCAUGCCAUCCAUAGAGGUGGGCACAGUUGGAGGUGGGACCCGGCUGCCCUCACAGGCAGCCUGUUUGGACCUACUUGGUGUGAAGGGUGCAAGCUUGGAAUCCCCUGGGGCAAAUGCUAGGCUUCUGGCCACCAUUGUAGCUGGUGCGGUGCUAGCAGGAGAGCUUUCUCUCAUGUCAGCUCUCGCAGCUGGGCAGCUUGUGAAGAGCCACAUGAAGUAUAACAGAUCCAGCCAAGAUGCCUGCAAGGCUGCCUCCUGAUGAAGAUUCUUGUGUAUGGAUAUUGUAGGGGAGCCCCAGCCAAGUCGCCAAGGAAGGAAAAAGAAAAAGAAAACUAAUAAAAACUCCCAAAGAAUGAGGGAGAUUCAGAAAACAAGAGUAGCUAGCUUGUCAGCAAGGCAGAAGGUAGAAAUCCUGGGUAGCAGCAGUGUUCCUUAAUUCAUAUCUAGCUUUUACUUUUUUGGCAGUUUUUGAGAUUGUCCUUUUUCUUUUUCUUUUUCUUUUUGGUGGUAAAAACGGCAUUUUAUAUUACUGUAAAGUGAGUACAUCCUGCCAAAUCAGAAGAAAUCAAAACAUCCAGAGGAGGGGGAAUAUCAGCUACUUGAUGCUCUGCGCUAUUCAACAUCCAAGUGGUCAUCUUGUCCUGCUCGAUUUCUUCUUGGCAAGCCUUGGAAGACUUUGUUGUGUUACAUUUAUUACCUGGUCUCUUCUGAUUAUUGGGGUUAAAUUCUUUUGUUACAUUCUUUUUAGCUCUUAGAAGAGCAUGCUAUGCUAUUGUGUAGUAGUAGAGGCUCUAAUUUCACCAUUCUGAACUGAGCAACUUAUUCUGGAAGAUUUUUUUUUUUUUUGGUACAUCGGCGACUCACACAUAAUGGGUAUGAGUGUAGCCCAUAAAGUGAGAUAGAAGUAGAAAGUACAAAGAAGACGGGACAGAGUCAUUGUCUCUCUUAGAUAACACCUCUAGAGUGAUGGGCCGCAGAAGAAAUUUUUUAAUGUUGUUUUUAAUUUCAAGUGAUGAACAGACACCUGAGCCACAGGUGUCUUAUA